AUGGCGUACCGGAAGCCAUCAAACCUGUUCUCCACUUCAAAUACGAGACCAAAUCCACCUCGACCAAGACGACAAAUAAAUCGAAAUUCUUCUUCAAAAGUAGACCGGAAAGUUGGCGCAACAAUUUUAUUUGUGCAGGUAGGUGCAGGAAAACUGGAAGUUGAAGGCUUGGCAUUCGGUGCUCCCAAAGGGGAAGUUGAGGGCUCAUUAGAAGCAUCGGGAGCAGGGAUUCGGCAGACCAGUGUGGGUGGCGAAUCAGAGGCUGAGGGACUUUGA